AUGAGAUUGUUUAAAUAUUUUUCAGGGUUUUCGUUAACUUUUGCUCAGGACGUCUAUCCUUGUGAUAGCAAAAUAUUUUGCUAUGGAGUUUUUCUCAAUGCGGUCCAAAAUGCGAGAUUUUUCACAGAGAGCAAAGAAUUUGUCGACAUGAAGAUAAAGGACGGCCUUGACGAGCAGCAAAUUCUUGUUAAUUUCGAAAAACUGCAAAACCCAACUGCGGAAGAGACCGAGACUUUUGUCAAAGAUCACUUUGACCCGAAUGGAAGUGAAUUUGAAAACUACGAGUUUCCUCUGAAGCCAAAUCCGAAAUUUCUCGAAAAGAUAAGCUCCCCUGAAUUGCGAGAGUUCGGCGAAAACGUCCAUAAGAUUUGGCCGCAGCUAGGUCGAAAAGUGAAAGAAGACGUCAGAAAAAACAACGAUCUUUAUUCCUUCAUUCCACUCAAUUACACGACAGUUGUUCCGACAGGUCACGAUGGUCGUUUCAGAGAAAUGUACUACUGGGACAGCUACUGGCACAUUCGCGGACUCCUCGUUUCCGAAGCCUACCAGACCGUCUUCGACUUGUUGAAAAACUUCAAAUCGCUUGUCGACCGAUUCGGGUUUAUCCCAAAUGGAACUAGAAAAUACUACACAACGCGCUCACAACCACCUUUCUACUCCACCUCUGUUAGUGAUUUUUACGAGCACUGCAAGGAGAAUCCCGACGCUGCGAGUGAGAUUAACAUGUCAUGUGAUAAGAUUCUUGAGUUUUUUCUUCCGUCGAUGGAGGCGGAGUUAAACUGGUGGAUGGAAAAUAGAAAAAUCGACCUUGAAAAUGGUGAAUUCGGCUUUGCGUAUGGCUGCCCGAUUACCGUCCCAAGGCCUGAAGCAUAUCUCGACGACCAAGAAGUGCUCGAUGAAAUUCCAGAUGCUGAAAAGCGCCGUCAAAAGGCUCGAGACAUCACUUCGGCAGCCGAAUCUGGCUGGGACUUUUCUUCGCGCUGGGUUCCUCCCGGAGUUUACAACGCCGAAAUGAAAGGGAAAGUUACGGCGAAUCUUGAGACGACAAAGGUGCUUCCUGUCGAUUUGAAUUCCAUCAUCCUCAAUUCGGCUGUGAUUCUUGAGAAAUUCAGCGGCAAAGAAAAGUACAAAUCUCUCAAAGAAACUCUUUCGAAAACUAUCGAAAAGUACAUGUAUGAUGAAGAAAAGUCUACUUACAAAGAUUAUUGGUUUAAUUGCCAAACGAAACACAGCGAUAAAUUCUUCUCUUCCGAUUUUUCACCGCUUUACUUUAAAAACUACCCGGCAAAUGUGGAUGCUGACGAUCGCGAUUUGGCAAUGCUCGAAUCCAUGAAAAAUCAGGGCGUUCUCGACUUCAAGCACGGAAUCCCUCAGUCCUUAGAUGAAAGUGAUGAGCAGUGGGAUUUUCCUAACGCCUGGCCACCGAGUGUUCAUAUGAUUAUUAUGGGACUGGCGAGAAGCGGAUGUGAAGAUUGCCGCAAGGAGGCAAAAAUUCAGGCUGAAAAGUGGGUGAAUUCGAAUCGCGACGCCUAUCUUGAAUUCGGUCAAAUGUUUGAAAAAAUGAAUGUCGAAAAAGGAAGCCCUGGCUCUGGAGGAGAGUACGUCGUUCAAACUGGCUUUGGCUGGUCGAACGGAGUCGUCCUUGAUUUCCUGAAUGAAUUUGGAGAAGACAUGAAAUUGUCCGGAAGCUCGGGAGCUAAAAGCUCCUUUUCGAAAAUCCUGCUUGCAACCCUCUUGUUUAUGUUUGUGAAAUAA